UUGGUCUUCCAUCCGAUGGCCAAAGUGUCGGAAGAGGGAGGCUACCGGUGGUGUUCAAGGUUGCAGAGAGAUGCAAUCCCUCUGUUUAAUAAGUUGAGGUUGGUCUACAAGCUCAGUAUAGAAAGAGAACCAACAUUUUAUGAGUUGUUAGAUGAAAUAGCUGAGAAGUUUUAUGGAUUACGACGCCAGAGUCCACUGCAGGGGAUGUUUGGAGAUAUCUUUAAGAUGAUGGGAGGUGAAUAGGCGAUAUGAGUUGCUGCUUUUGCUAAUGAGCUACAACAACAGUUG